GCGACCAACCCCCCUGGAGCUGGGAACUUUUUUUUCCUUCCUGGCAGGAUUCACUUCUAUAGUGUAGUUCCCCGCUGUAGUCUGCAGAAUAUCCCUCUCCAGAGCUCACGGAGAUCUGCCCAAGUAACCACUAACGAUGCGUACCAGCCACUUUCGAUUGAUUGUCUGCGUAGGAGAAACCUUGACGGUCAAGUCAGGGCUGUGAGAUAUAGGUGGAAUGAUUAUUUGGUAGCUUAGGACACUGAGAUUUAUGUUCUCAUUUGAGCAUACGAGCGUCGAACUCUCGUCCGGACUGUUUGGAUUGCGGCACUGAGUGGCGAGGAACUUCUCUUCAGUAGCGAAGGACUUGUCUUGUAUGAGAAGGAGUUUGGAUCGGUGGGUGCAGCUCGACUAGAGACGUGGGGUAAGAAGAAGGGCAGGGCGAGGCAUUUAGAUGGGUUCUGUUUUUUAGUUCUGUUUUCUUCUUUUAUUUUUUGAUUGAGAGUAGGGGUCAUGGAAGGGAUCGAUUUUGUUUAGCUUCUAUGGAUUGCCCAAGUGUUGGUAUGCAUGGAAGACACUCUUGCCUUGAUCAAGUUACAGCUGAUAAUCUGUUCGAGAGUCAUGGGGAAUAUUGCGUAGAGUGUCGAGAUUCAUCGCAGUGUUAUUUGAGGUUUCGGGAACUGUUCAAGUGGGGGUCAUUUCUUAGCAUCAGAAUAUCAGGUGCUUAGUUCAUUUUUACAGGAAGUCGUUUAAAUCAAACGGGUUAACUCCAGAUUAUCAAGAGAAUUCGAAAAGCACCAAAAGCAGUGUCCUUAUUCUACAUAGUAUCAUUCAAUCGAGAUUGUAUUUAGGUGUUGCCCAAACCAGGAAUUUUGAUAGUUAAUCGGUGAGACUCCAAGUGGUAUUAAGAAAUAAGAAAUGGUGAAGAGAGACUAAAAGACUAACGGAUUCGAUUCUUCACAAUUUGAGCCCCAGCGAAGUCUACUUAUUUCAAGCAGGUGGACAACUAAGAAACAUCACAACAACGCGAGCCAGUUGUAGCAUUGGUUGCAUCAUUGGUCAGUCGUCAAUUUUCUUAAUUCAACAAGUUUAACUUCCAAAGAUCUCAGUGCACUCACAUUUUUUCUUCACAAACGUAUAGAUCGACGAGAGCAGAUCUUCACAGAAGGAAGCACCAGCUAGAAUGCGACAAGCUGACCAAAUUUCAAGAAAAUCCGGCCUUCUAUUGAGUUGGAAAAAGACCUAGCAAUGGCCAAUUGGCAAUGGGACUGGGAUUUUGAGCUGGAAGGCCAGCAAGAGUCACCAUUGUCAAGCUCCCCGCUGAGAUCGUCCAGCUCUCCAUGCAGCUUAGCAAUUCGCAGUGAAGAGCAUGUGGCGCAGGAGCCAUUGUCUGACGAUGGGCAAUGCAGGGACGAAAUGGGAGUGGACAACUCCCCAGCCAGCAGUAGGUCUCUUGUUCAGACGCUACAAAAGUGUCUCACUUCGCUGCCUCAGUACACCAAUAUGACCGACUGCGCCCGGCAAUCAAUGAGCGACCCAGCUGGUGCCGCACCUACAACUUCAAGAAACUUCAGCUCACCGUCGAAGUCUCUUGGUCCUACAAAGCCAUCUCCGAAGCGACGGCAGCGCCCCUCACGACGCACGCCCGUUACCGUCCUUGAAACCAAUCCAUGGGAGUUCCGAGAUACGGUCCAGAGAUUAACCGGCCUCCGCGCCGCGCCGAAUCCAAACGCUGCACUGGUUCGACCUCAGCCUACGCGACCGGGUCCCAGCACCUUCGUUAGACCCGAUUACCUGCAGCCCCUCCGUCCGUUUCGUUCAAUUUCCACCCCUACUCCUCAGCCGAACCCAUUCAUCACUCCCCUUAGUCCCCCAAUGAAUCCAUUAAUGCACCCCUCCCUCCUACGAUCCCGCUCGUCGGAGUUAACCAUGCCGCAAUUUCCUAUGCGAGAGCCGGUGGAGAAUAUCACAGAAUUACUGUACGAACCCGAGUUUCGAAACUUGACGCGCGCUUUGCCGGUACCCGCGGCUCCACUGCAACAAUUUAGGCUGGAUGCACAAAACUCAUUACGGAACGUCUCCAACCUCGAUGACGAGAUUAUGGCAAGCGGGUCAUUGCCUCCAGAUUUCCCAAGUUUUCGUGAUCAUGCUUCGAACGGUUAACUAACACACGUGGGUCUCAGUGGUAUCUCCAUCGACAAUGGGUAAAUUUGUCAGGACCAUUCAGAUUGUGAGAAACGGACGCAAUCGUGAUUUUAUUUAUUUUUACUUUUUACUUUUUAAAAAUCUCAAAGCUUCACUUUGCUUUUGUGUAUACGACAUUGAUCAUAGCCUGACCACCAGUUAUUAGAACCACAGUAUGUGGAGCUUGUUUGAAUCAUUCUGAGUAGGUUUGUUUCCUUGAGCAGCGCAGCAUUAGAUGCUCCAUAGUGCAGUAUAGAACUUCAAAUUUGACCCUAAACGUUCUCUUAGUUACUUGCUGAUAAUAUGAAACCGUGUGCUUUUAAAACGUAGGGGAUAGUGGCGUGAGACCCCCAUCGAGCUUUCUAGCUUCGACUAAUGUACAGAUUUUUUCCCCACAAGCUUCAAGGCCAGCUUGUGCUGCAUGUCUUCCUCAUUCUUUGCCUUUUCUCGCAAACUUCGUGUUCGGCUUUUGCACGGCGAGAGCUCUCCACAUAAAGAUGCUCCAUCUCGCAACAUUUCAGCAUGUCUGGAUUGUGCAUGUAUUUAGUGGUGCUCUGACAAGGGGCCCAGUCAAGGUUUCAGCAAGUACAUGAAAUUGUCCUUCCAAGCUCUUUGGGAAAUACAUGGAGUGGCACCGCCCGCCCUGUAAGUAUUUCAAUCAGUCUCCUUCAUUCCAAUCGUGAAAUCCAAGGUGCAAUCGACCAAACAAGUUAUGCAAUUUAGUCAAAGAUCACUAAAAAACCACCUUGUACCAAUUCUGACGUGACGUCUUCCGAUCAUCGUCUAUGAAACAUUCGAGUCGGUCUGAACAUUCCAACCAACGACUGACACUAAUGUCCAGAAUUAGGUUUGCAUUUCAGCGACGCCGUUCAAGGACACAACUUAAAUGCUUGCUGGAAAUUCCUCCAUUCCAGAUCUCUACAAACAGAUUUCCAGAGUGGAGAAAAAGUCAACACGUUGGCUUCAUCCAAUAGUUUUCAUUCUCCGAUAACCUGGAAAUUGGUCUGCUAGGGGUCCACACGCGGCCUACAAGCUUCGGCCUACAAGUUUGCGAAAUUCUCUGCUAUUCCAGCUUGUGGAUCAAAUGGUCUAAUACUAUUCAACUCGAGUUUCAGUGAUUGAAAUCUCAUACCACGGUCAAACUCAUGGUACAGAUUGCAGUACAACUGCCAACGUCUUCUCAGAGAAAUCAGAAGGUUCGAAGAAAAACUUGCUGCAUGGUCUGGAGUAAGAGCCUAGACUUUUAUGCCGAUGGAUUGCGGACGUACUCAACAAGCUUGAACUUUACGUUUCAAUAGACACUGGUUCCGAGGUUGAAUUCUCUCGUGAGACCACGAAUGGACACGGAGGGUAUAAAUAAGUAGAAAUGAAUGAAUGCAUGGAGCAGGACCGGGGGAGAAAAAAAAAACAGUUAAUUGACCUAGGGCUCUCACUGGCUCCAAGUUUGACUAGAAGUACAUAGUAAAAUUCCCCUUUGAAUAUCUUUCCGGGCGAUCGUUUUGGUGCUUUGAAUGGGGAUUCCCAGACUUGACCACGACACGAGGUGGAGAAGUGGCGGAAGUAUCAUCCCGCUGGCACGAAAGAUUUUGUUGCCGAGGAGGGACCGAGCUUUCCCAGGACCUGACGCGGUUUACAACUUGUCCGACAGUAGUGGGGACUGGAAGGGCGGGGGGUCGGAGGUCUAAUGCUGCUGCUGUUGAUGUUGCUCCGAGUCAGUCCAUGUCGAUGUAUCGGCCCCGGGCAGCAGCAUCUGGUGGUGGGAUUCCCCCGCGCAAGCAUUGAGCUGGUCUGUCUAUCUUUCUGUCUGUAGCCAUGGUCUGUCCGCUCUGCGACUGGCUCUGCUCGAUCCCCGCCUCCCCUGGAGGAGGGUAGUUAAGUGAUGAUAGAGGGAGGAGGAUACUAGAAUAAGCAUAGUUUUGGUGUUGGUUAUAUGAUGUUCAUUGGAGGAUGGUAGGAGAAGGAUAGUUGGAUGAUAUUUUCUCAUCCUCUAAAAUUACAAAUUUGAAGUUAUUUUUCAUUAGAUGAUGUAUGAUUUCCUAAGCAUAGUUUUUAAAAUUUUAGUGAUUAGAGGAUAGAUUAAAAGAUGACAAAAUAGAAGAAAUCGUAAAAAAUUAAA